UUCUGUGCAGAUUUUAAAACAAAAGAGAGCUAUCUGGCCUGUAUACUCGGUUUUCAUUGAUUUGUCAUUAUCUUGUAUUGUUUCAACUAAUUGGACACGGAGUUUCAAUUUCCGUUGUGAGUGGUGAGCAAGCAAGAAGAACUUUUAGAAGAAAAAUGAAAGAGUCUGAGGUCAUAGAAGGAGGACUUGGGCCAGAAGGAAAUGCCAAAGCAUCUGAAAAUGGACACAAUCUUCCAGCUUUGGAAGCCAUCAAAGGAAGUCAUGGAUUCAAGGCUUGGGUACAAAAGACUCUCUGGCAUGGUGGUUCUGUGUAUGAUGCAUGGUUCAAUGCUGUAGAAGGCCAGGUUGGCCAAGUCAUUCUCUCAAUGCCAUACUCAUACUCUCAAAUGGGUUUUGGACUUGGGAUUUUUUUCCACUUUCUAUAUGCAAUUAUUGGUAUUUGGACCUGCUAUAUGCUGGCAUGCCUAUAUCUUGAGUACAGAUCUCGCAAGGAAAAGGAAGGUGUUGAUUUCAGAAGACAUGUCAUCCAGUACCAUGAAGUGAUGGGGCAUCUUGUGGGUAAAUGGCUUGGGAAGGUUUCUCUCUUUUUCAAUGUUGUAACAAUGGGGUGUGUAGCAACUGUGCAAAUCAUUGCAUGUGCAAGCAAUGCCUAUUAUUUGAAUUCAAAGUACAACAAGAGGGAAUGGGCAAUUAUAUUUGGUGCUAUGUCUAUGCUAACAUGCCUCCUGCCAAGUUUCCACAAUUUUAGAGUGUGGUCUAUCAUGGGAGUUAUAACAACCACUUACACAUCUUGGUACAUGGUGGUUGCUGGCCUCAUUCAUGGAAAGGUUCCAAAUGUGAAGCAUUCAGCACCCCAAGAUCUUGUGAAGUUCUUCACAGGAACAACCAAUAUAUUGUUUGCAUUUGGAGGUCAUGCUAUUACUGUAGAAAUUAUGCACGCUAUGUGGAGGCCAAAGUCAUACAAAUAUGUGUAUUUAUGUACAGUAGCUUAUGUUAUGACAAUCACCUUGCCUCACUGUAUUAUACUCUACAAAAAUUUUGGAGAUGUGCUUCUGGAUCACUCUAAUGCCUUGUCUGUGUUUCCGAGAACCAUUUUCAGAGACAUUUCCUUAAGUUUCAUGAUUAUCCACCAGGCAGUAGCUUUUGGAAUGUAUGUAAUGCCACUGAAUUUCAUGUGGGAGAAAGUAAUCGGAGUGCACAGUUCUAAAUACUUGAUCAGAGUAAUUAGUCGGUUGCCAGUGUCAAUCCUAUUAUGGUUUUUGGCCUUAUUAGUCCCCUUUUUUGGACCUUUGAAUUCCAUGAUCGGAUCAGUAAUAAUGAGCUUCUCUGUAUUCAUUAUUCCUUGUUUUGCCUACAUCAGGGUUUUCAGAACCCAGAGCUCUAGACAGAAUGCUGCUGAGAAACUAGCAUCUUGGUUGCCGGGGUGGAAUGGAAUUAUGGGUAUAAACAUAAGCAUAAUAGUUUUGAUCGCAGUUCUUGGAUUUUGUUUUGGGAGCUGGGCAAGUAUUUCUAAUCUUGCCCGGCAGGUUAGUUCUUUUGGUUUUUUUGAAAAGUGUUAUCAAUGCGACACUGUAAAAAAGUAAAGCCAUGCUUUGUGUAUGAAGGAUGGUAAUCUUGUAAAUUAUGGGUAGAUCUCAUUUCAGAUACUAUUCUUCUAAGGUGUAUUG